GUUCAGUCUGAGAAGAAGGGCUGUUGUUUCUGAUGAAGAAAGAGCUCCACCCUCAGCCACUGCCACAGCUGCUCUGCCAAUAACAAAGGCACAGCAUUUUCCCUCUGUGCAUCUCCAACAUGGAUGCUUUUCAGGGCAUUUUAAAAUUCUUCCUUAAUCAGAAAACUGUUAUUGGCUACAGCUUCAUGGCUCUGCUGACCGUGGGAAGUGAGCGUCUCUUUUCUGUUGUGGCUUUUAAGUGCCCCUGCAGCACUGAGAAUAUGACCUAUGGGCUGGUUUUCCUCUUUGCUCCUGCCUGGGUGUUACUGAUCCUGGGAUUCUUUCUGAACAAUAGGUCGUGGAGACUCUUCACAGGCUGCUGUGUGAAUCCCAGGAAAAUCUUCCCCAGAGGCCACAGCUGCCGUUUCUUCUACGUCCUCGGCCAGAUCACUCUGAGCUCAUUGGUGGCUCCAGUGAUGUGGCUUUCUGUGGCUCUGCUCAAUGGAACUUUCUAUGAAUGUGCCAUGAGCGGGACGAGAAGUUCAGGACUCCUGGAACUGAUUUGCAAGGGUAAGCCCAAAGAGUGCUGGGAAGAACUUCACAAAGUAUCUUGUGGCAAAACUAGCAUGCUACCUACCGUCAAUGAAGAACUGAAACUCUCCCUUCAGGCCCAGUCUCAGAUUCUAGGAUGGUGCCUGAUUUGUUCAGCAUCUUUCUUCUCUCUGCUCACCACAUGUUAUGCUCGCUGCCGAUCUAAAGUUAGCUACCUUCAGCUGAGUUUUUGGAAGACAUAUGCACAAAAGGAGAAGGAGCAGUUGGAAAAUACAUUUCUGGACUAUGCCAACAAGCUGAGCGAGAGGAACCUGAAAUGUUUUUUUGAAAACAAGAGGCCAGAUCCUUUUCCCAUGCCUACGUUUGCUGCCUGGGAGGCUGCUUCAGAGCUGCAUUCUUUCCACCAAAGCCAGCAACACUAUAGCACCCUCCACAGAGUGGUGGACAAUGGUCUGGAACUUAGCCCUGAGGAUGAUGAGACGACAAUGGUCCUUGUGGGUACUACCCACAAUAUGUAGCUUAUCCACCAUCAAUGACUCAUGGUGUUGAGUGGCAUGCUCAUUCUGUGAUCCUCCUAAUGUGUCACCAGCAACCUGUGUAUCUCUGUAUUUUCUUACAUUUGGAGUAUGUUUACAAGACAAUAACACAAAGGAAACUGCUUUGAAGCUCUCAAGUGGAACAUCAGGAUGUGCUCAAAUUGAUGCUGAGGGGUGACAAAGGUGCUCUUGCAUUGAUGGAGAGGGGCUCAGUAGGCCCAAAUGUUGCUCCAAGAUCUAAGAUUUUAUCAUUCAACAGACAGACUCAUGUGAGAGGGCUCAUCAGUCUCUGUAAAUAUUGGUUGCAGAAUUUAGGGGCAGAAGCAAUGGCUUGUGAGUGAGCAAGUUACUCUUAACACAGGUUGCCCUACACAGUGGCUCCUGCAGUGUGAUCAGCAGGAGUCUCUGUCCUACAAAUCUACCCUUUUAAGGAUGUAUGAAAUUGUGGAAUUCAUUCCCUCAGAAUCUGAAGACCUCAGUUCUCAAAAAUGACAAGUUGCAAGAGUAUGAUACCUAAAAUUGAAAGUUUUUCACAUGUUUUCACUGUAUACUGAAAAUACGCCCCUGGAAGCAGGGCUGCAUCAUAAUUUUUGUGGGCUUUAUGUACUUUUGCCUUUGCGAACCAUUUCCUACAUUCAAAAUAGUAGUAACAAAUAUAUAUAUAUAUACACACACACACAGAAAUAUAUAUUUAUAACUGCAUUGAUAAAAGGUGAAUAUAUUAGCAUUUUCUUCAACCUAAAAGUUUAUGUAUUUUCUUCUGAUUUUAAAAGAAAUUAAAAACAUUUUAGUGGGCCCUUACAAGUAUUAUGGUCCUUAGGCACAGUGCUUACUAGGCCGUGGGUAUGUCUUAGUGCGUUUGGGCUACUAUAACAAAAUAUCAUAUAUAGGUGGCUUAUACAAAAUAGAAAUUUAUUUCUCACAGUUCUGGAGGCUGGGAAGUCCGAGGUCAGGCUGCCAGCAUGCUCAGGUUCUGGUGAGAGCAAUUUUCCAGGUUGCAAACUGCUUGCUGACUUCUCAGUGUCCUUCCAUGGUGGAAAGUGCAAAUAAGCUCCCUCGAGCAUUUUUAUAAGGCACUAAUCCCAUUCCUGGAGGCUCCACCUUCAUGACCCAAUUACUUCUCAAAGGCUCUGCUUCUUAGUACUAUCAGCUUGGGGGUUAAGAUUUCAACAUAUGAAAUUGGGGGAGACACAAACAUUCAGACUAUAGUAGGGUAAAUUGACCUUGGCUAAAGGUCUGGGGACACUGUCCAAAUCAGUACUGGCAUAAAACUGUAUUGCAGUCUUACAUUUAUCAGAAAUAAUGCAAAUCUUGCAUUCUACAAUGUACUAUAUCCACGUUAGUAUGUAUAUAUAUACGUGUAUGUGUAUAUGUACAUAAAUUCUCCUUAAAUCUCUGAGAAGAAUUGUGCUUUAAAGAAGAACUAUGUUUUGUGCUGUGGCUCAUACCUUACAGUGGUAGUCUAUGUCUCCUAGUUUGAGAAAGCUGAAUAUUAACUUCUUAUUAACAUGAAACAUGAUGGCAAACUGAAUCCUACACGUAUAGGACCCAGAACAUAUCUAUGUUAUUGUCGUUUACAAGAAGAAAUAUGUAUUUGGUCUUUCUUCCUAUUCCUGGUGCAGAGCUCCUAAAACCUUUGGGACCUCCGAAGUGAUGUGUCUGGUAGUACGCGAAUGAGAUGACUGAUAGUUAGGGGUUUCUGAAUGACCUCAGAAUGGGGUCUGGUUGCCACGGGAACCAACCAUGUGUUUAGAGGGUUGGAACUUUCAGCCCCACUCCCAGAUCUUGGGGAAGGAAGAGGGGCUGAAGGUUGAGUCGAUCACAAAUGGAUAAUGAUUUAAUCAAUCAUGCCUAAGAAUAAAGCUUCCCAUACAAAUCCAAAGGACAAGGUUCAGAGAGCUUCUGCAUUGCUCAAUACAUGAAGAGUGGUGCACCCAAAGGGGCCGUGGAAGCUCCGUGCCCCUUCCCCCAAACCUGUUCCUGUGCCUCCAUCUGGCUGUUUCUGAGUUAUAUUAUUUUAUAAUAGACUGAUGAUAGUAAAUAAAGCCCUUUCCUGAGUUCUGUGAGCUGCUCUAGGAAAUGGUGAAAUCUGAGAAGGAAAUCAUGGGAACCUCUGCUUUGUAGCCAUGUCAGAUAGAAGAUGUGAGUAACUUUGGAACCUACUGCUUGUGACUGGUGUCUGAAGUUGGGGGAGGUCUUAUGGGACUGAGCCCUUAACCUGCUGGGGAUCUGCACUUAAUGCCGAUUAAUGCCAGAAUUGAAUUGUAUGAUAUCCAGUUGGUAUUGGAGAAUUGGCCAGUGUGGGAGAAAACCCACACAGUUGGUGGCAAGGAGUGUUCAGUGUUGAGUGUGAAUGUCAAUUAAAAAAGGUUUGUUUUUUCUACCUACAAUAUCUUUGGGAACUUGGAGGUGCAGGGUCAGAUGUCUGUGUGUGUAUGUGGCAGGGACAGAACAGGGAUUAGAGAUGUGAGGGGGUAGAGUUUUCAGAAUAAAGGGAGAGAAAAUUCAGCAAAGAGUUCUCCUUCUUAAUCUUUCUUGACUUAAAGUUUUUCUGCCCUUAAGUGUCUUCUGAGCUGGAAAAAGACAUAUAGGAACUGGCCGAUGCCGAUGCCUCUCUUGCAGUGUGUGAGAGGCUGAAACAGAAGUUCUACAGAAGUAGGUUAGCUGUAAGGAGCUGAGGAUUGAGGAGUCAUAUCUGGGGGAUAUUCCUGCCACCCUCAAGUCCAGGGACUUUCUGCACUCAAAAAACUUACGCUCAUGACAAUGACUGCCUCAUUCAAGAAAAUCCAAGCUGACUGGCAAGAAGCCGGCAGCCUGGGUACUUGUUGCUGCAGCUUAAUAAGUAGCAGAAGAGCUCAUCCUCCUCCUCUGGAAGAAGCCACUUAACAGGUUCUCAUCCUGACUCCUAAAUUCCUUAACAGUCCUUUACUCAGGAAUAAAACAAGUCCAAGAAAACUUCUCUCUCCCACAAAUAGUCCUGGAGGCAGUGGAGUAAGAUAGGGAGAGCAAAUUGGUGUCUGCUCUUGAGUAUCUUGAGGGAAUGGGUAUCUAGAGGCAGCAGGAUGAACUGGCUUUGAUAGCAGAGACUUUAAAAUGUGUGGACCAUUAGUUGUCUUUGGAUGUGCUCCCUAGAGGCUGCGCCUGACACAGGGAGCUGUGUAUACAUGAUUUAUUAAAAGGAAAUCCUCUUAGGAGAAACAUAUUAGCAGGAUAAACACAAGAAAGAAUGCAGUUACAAGUGGAGUCUCAAUCAAUCCCACAGGAAAUUCUGGGACUUCAGCCUCAGCUUGACCUAUGGGGGGCUCUGGAAUGUCAGUUUUCUCCUGAUCCCAACUGUGCUCUGGGGCUUCCAUUGCAGCCAAGAGAGAGCAUUCCCCAGAAAACUCCAGGUGAGGAGUCUCCAGUGGCCCAAGGGAGAUCCUCCAGAGGAGGUUACACUGCAGAACUGGGACAUUGGCACCCUGAAUUUGGAUAUCUAGAGAGGGCACCCAAUGGUCAUACUAAUGUCUGCCAUAACAGUCUCUUCUAGGUCUAGACUUGAAGCAUAUGGAAGGGUCCUUGGGCUAGAGCCAACCCAAGCCCAGGCUGACUCCCUUUUUAUACUUCUAAUUUUCCCUGAAGAUCUGGUCUUCUCCCUACCACCACUACCCUAUUACAUAAGAGGAAAGGAUUGGAGAAUGCUCUUGAAAAGAAUGUGAUGCUUUCCCAUACAAGGAAUAUACUCAAGGAAAAAUUUCAUGGCACAAAAUGCUGAUUCUGUCUAAUUUAUCCCAUGAAUAAAUUGUGUACACAUAUA